GAAGAAGGAAAAAUGGCAACAGACUCAGUCAAGUAAAGCUAGCGGUCCUACGGACUGCUGAUGGACCGGCUGCAGAGGCCAUGAUCUGAUGCUCAUCUGUCGACUGCUGCUAGACUUGCAUCAGCAAUGUCUGUCCACUCCCUCCUGAGAUACAGCAUCAGGCUGAAGAGGAAACAUGUGGCCACGCAUUUAGUCCAUCAGAGAACUCUGUCAGGGGCAGAUGCUGUCAACGCACUCAGACCGUUUUAUUUUGCAGUCCAUCCUGACUUCUUCGGUCAAUAUCCCAGGGAACGGGAAGUAAAUGAGAAUUCAUUAAAGAGGCUGAAUGGCUACCUUGACAACCUGCAGAAGCCCGGCUCACGCUCAGCUCAGCCAAUGAAGCUCACUUUUUAUGUCCGGGACACAAAGGACAGCAGCGAUGUGCAGCAGGACCUCCUCGCCUCGGGGUUCAGGUCAGUGAGUUUCACCCUGCACACAAACGACAUCUUGAGCACGGUGACGAACGUGUUGAGGUCCUGCAGCCUGCCAGUGGAGCACAUGAAGGGACUGAAAGCAAGAGCAGAGACUUCUAAAGGUCCACCUGAGGCGGGGCUGCCUUUCUACAGACCCAUCAAGUGGGACAAGAGCUACUACACCUUCACUGGAUUCAGAGACCCUGAGGAGGAGCUGCAGCAGGCCAGGAGAGUGGAGCCUGCACUCCUCUUGUGGCUGAGAAACAACGAGCCCAAGGCGACGAAGAAGCACAGUGCUAGUCUUCCUCGGAGAGAAGAGCUGAACAGACUGAAGAAGGAACUGUGUCACAAAUUUGAUCUGUCUGAUAUCAGGUGGCAGCGUAGCUGGGGAGUGUCCCAUAGGUGCUGUCAGCUUCAGAGUCUGAGCCGACUGUCCCAGCAGAACCCAGAGGCCCUGAUCAACCUGCAAGGACACACUGUUGUGUUUGCUGACCAGUCAGGGAUGAACGCCUCUGGACACAUCAUGCUGGGAACCAUGGACGUCCAUCAUCAGUGGACCAAACUGUUUGAGCAGCUGCCCAGCUAUCGCAGCCUGCAGCAGCAGACGGACUGGCUGAAGGAGAGGAUCAGCUUUCUCCUGGGUGGGACUCAGGUGGUCCACAUGGAGAGGCUGAGACCGGUCCAGUCCAUCACCGAGCACUACAGCACCCUCAGCACCUUCCACAAGAGCCUGAUGUCCCGACACCUCCGCCUGCACCCCAGGAGCCUGCAGGGGCUCACCAUGUUGUUGGAGAAUGACCGCUCCAACCCCAGUCUUCAUGAGAUGGGGCACUUUAUUAUCCCCACCAACUCUGACCCUCCAAAGCUACAGGUCUUCCUCCAGAGCCACGCCCCUGAGGCCCGACAGCGCACCCAACGCAGAAAACAGCUGCAGGCGGAGGAGGAGGCGGUGGUGAAGCUGUGUCUCCAGAGUCUGUCUCUGAGGAGUCUGUCCAAGGAGCCCAGUGUCAGCUCCACCCAGAUGAUCCUGUGCUGCAAAAGGCUGGUGGAGCAGCGCUCCCCCCUCAUGCAGGGCCUCCACAUCUGUGUCUCUCACUUCUACUCAGUCAUGCAGGACGGGGACCUGUGUGUCCCCUGGGACUGGAAGAGCUGAGCUGGAGGGACACGGUCCGUCCAAGAGUUGGAAAGGAGGUGUUUUUUUGUUUUUUUGUAUAAUGUUGUUCAGACAAUUUUAACAGGAUGCUUAUUUACAUGUCAGGUGUUCACAACAGAUUUUAUACCUGUAAUGCUCAAGGUAACCUUUGGAGAAAAAAAUCACGUGUUUAGUGGGUCAUUCAAGCUGACCGACAAGAAGCACUUUAUCCUCUUACUGGAGAAGCCAAAUAGGAGAAUUUGAAUUAAAGCUAAGGUCAGUGGUUCCCAAGCCAGGGGGUGAGGACCCUUCAGGGGACAUAAAAUGAUUGACAAGAGAGAGACAAGACGGAAAACAUUUCUGCUGCAUAAAAUUACAUUUUUCCCCCCAGAUUUUUCUCAAAUAUUUACUCUUGUACUUAAAUACUGAAGUAUUUGACCUCUUCAGGAAUCAAAAUUGAAAGUUUAAGAAACAAACCACAUGGUUUGAUUGAAUUGUGAUAAGUGGGCGGUCACAAGCCAAAACGGUUGGGACACACUAGCACAGGUGCAAUAUUUUUUCAGACCAGGGCCUUGACAUGCACAGUUUGACAAAGUGACUAUUUUUCUGUUGUUGGGUGGAAUGCACUAAGAAAUAAUUAAAUAAUGGUUCUAUUCCUAACAUAAAAAUGUAAAACAGUGGGUUGGAACUCACUCUGGUUGAAGGAAUGACUUGAGCAGGUGAGCGGAGCUAAACGGAAGUAAACAAAUUCCCUAAAUUCACAACAUGUUUUUAUAUAACGAAAUGUUCUGCUUCAGUAAGUAUUUGAAACACAGCACUUUCACUGCUUUCAAACCCUCCUGCUCACUGCAUACAAAGAGAGGCCUGCAUUGACGAGUUAUUAGAGAAAGGGGAUUUAAUUUUUAAAAAGUCAUUUUAUCUUAUGAAUCACUUUAUUCAAGGGUUUUUGUUUUUCUAGGGUGAUUACGUCAUUAAAUAUGAUGACAGACAUUCAAAGCUUCAUCUAAUAACCUUCAUAAAAACUUUAAAUGUAAAAAAAAAAAAAAAAAAAAGGAAAGACGUACGGUAGAAUUGAGUGUAGCGGGUUGAAAUCUGACUUGAGCACUCUUGAGCCGCUUUGAGAGGAAACUAACAGCUCUGUGAGCGAGUAGCAGAAAUUCUCUCCUUUCCACUGUGCUCAUAUGCCCUGACUAACACUAGACAGGCUCAAGGAUUCACCAUGAUUACAAUGAACUACUCUGUACCAAGUCCGACCAUAUUAAGUUCUCAUGUUCUGAACGGCCACACUGGAAGGCAGGGUUUAAAGCCUGCUGUCUUAGGGAGGGGCGAGACACAAUCAAUUGUAAAUAUGUGGAUAACGGCACGCUUCCACAUGUUUUCUCACCUAGAAGACAUUCAUGGUGUUGCACUCAACAGUUCACGUCAGAAAGUGAUAAAAGCAUUUGUGUCAGGAAUGAAAAACAACUGCUAGUGAGGGGAGUUCAAACCCAGCUUACUUUCACACCUGACCCAUCAGGCCGUGAAGAUCAUGUAGUUGUCAGAGUGUCAGUAUCACAAAGUACAAACAUUGUAGUUCUGACACUGGAGUGGUGUGGGGGGGCCGCGGUUUUAACAAGCUGUGAGCUUGUAAUAAUACAUUUUGCUACUGUUGUAGUAUUAAAAUGCUGAUUUAAAUCUGAAAGUCAAACUGUAAUUCUAUACAUGUGAAUAUAACUGUAAUUUAUAUUGUGAUCAUGAAACAGACUUGUUUCUUAGCAGACAAUCCAGGAAGAUUAACAAAGACUUUCUACAGUGUUGUGUUGUCACGUUGUGUAUAGAGGAGAAGGACUAACCAGGACUGUGUGAUCCAGCAUGCGGACUUAUAUGUGUGAUGAUGGACUGCUUCACUGGAUGGAGAUGUUUUGGACAUGUUGGAUUGUUUCAGAUGCUGGUGUGCAGUCUUGAGUCCAGAGUUCUCAUUUCGCUUGAGGCACUGUUACCGUUCUGCUCCCACACAGGGAGGUGGGGUUGAACUUUGUAAAGGUACCGUGGAUGUGAAACAGAUUGUUGCUCUCAAAUAAA